AUGGAUAGUUCCACCAGUAGAACAACAACACCUGUAACGCCGGAUACAUGUACGGCCAGCACAAGCUCCUCGAGCACCUCAUCAGCUCCGCAAUACAGUGAUGAUAUACGACGACCAUUACACAACUUAGAUCUCUUGCCACGCCAGGGUAGUGGUUCCUCGACCAAAAUAUGUGAAGUGGAUUUGGGUGAUGAGGAACGCGACACAUUUUCACCGGUGAGCAGUAACAACAACAGUCCCGAAAUGGAGGAAAUUGCAUCAAAUCAAAUGGCUGCCUCCAGUACCUCAACAAAUAUUUCGAAUGGUGGAGGCACAGCCUCGCAUCAUUCGUCGUCCUCGUCAACAGCCAAAGAUUAUAAACAAGCAUUUGGUGAUUUGGUGGUGACACCAUUAAAACUGAAACUCAACAAUACCCUGCAGACGGUGGGAGUAACGUCAGCAGCAUCAUCUUCGCCCAUGUUACCACCUGCCUCCUCCAAGGAAGAAAAACAACGACAAAAUGAGGAAAUUGUCAUAUUGGAAACCUCAUCGAUAUCCUCAGAGACUGGUUCCUGGGAAUCGGUAUUUCCAACAGCAGCAGCGGCAGGAAAAAAUAUUUCCUCCUCCACAGACAUUGUGCCACAAGCCGAUGUGGAUUUAACCAACUAUUGUGUGGGAUUUUUGGAAAAGAAUUUACCCAAUCCUAAAUUAAAACUUUUUACCAAAGGCAAGGAAGACAUUACCACGGUCCCCGCCUCAUCCUGUUCCUCCUCGUCCAGUAUCUUAAAAAAUAAAGAUUUAGAUUUAGAACCCGUGGUCCGAGAGAGGACCUACUCGGCCGGCCAUAAUCCUCUAACGGCCGACACCUCUUCUCUCUUCAAAGGCAUCAGCUCCUCAUCGCUGCAAAGAGAUUUGCUUAGCAAAACCGCAGAUAACCCCAUGAGUUCGUCACAGACCAGCGCAUGUUUCAUAGAUGCUUCAUCGCUGUGCGAUGAGGAUGAGGUACCUCCCUAUCCAAAUAAAAACAAACAAGUCAUCAAUAUCACCGCCUCAAAUAAUGAACUGCAUGUUAAUGAACCCGAAGAAGAAGUGGAGGAAGAAGAUGUCGCCGCCCCCCUUGCUGUGGAAGAUGAAUCACCCACCAAAAAAUUAGAAACAUUCCAUAAAUCAUUUGCCCGGUGCAAAGUAAAAUCCAAAGAUGAUGCCAGCCUAAGUCCAUCGGCCGUUUCCGCAAAUCUCACCAUUACCAGUAGGCCGAGAUCUUCGAAUUCCUCUUGCAGUUCUGAGGAGAAUAAUGAUAAACAAAAUGAUACAACAACCAUUAGUAAUUUAUCGGAUGAGGAAAAGCUAUGGAAAAGGGAUCACAAGGCCACACCAGGCGGAGAUCAUCAUAAUGAUGACGAGGAAGAAGAUUUGAAAAUUUCCGAUGCCAAUGUAUCAUCGACGACAACAACAACAGCAACAACACUGCCUCAAGAUGGAGAUUCCUCGGAUUCAUCGGAUUUGUUUCGCAUCAAGCGGGAAAAUGAAAGGAAAUAUUAUUCGGAACGAUCGGCGGGGGGUUUUCCACCAUUGGCAAAUAAGUUACUUAACCAGCACCAACACCAUCCAUCUACCCAUCAGCAGCAGCAACAACUACAACAUCAUGGAGGCGGUGGUCAUCAACACUCUACCAAUCACAGUGAUAUUAGUUAUACCACAGAUUAUUCUUCAUCUAGUCCAGCACCAAGUCUACAAUGGUCCGAGCAUGAACAUCGCUCCUCCACGGCGGGUCACCACCACCAACACAAUCAAGCCAAGCUCAGCAUAGAGGAUUAUGAUCACCUUGCUGCUAUUAAAAAUAAAUGCCUGCUACCGGAUACACCACACAAUUCCAUUGUUCACAUUGAGCCGAAUUGUUCAUCGAACACCUCUUCGAUACAUCGUGACUAUACCCUGUCCUCAUCGUCGUUUUCUCAUCAUCGUGACUCCGGGGCAUAUUGUAGUGAUGCCACCGACUCACCCAUACCCAUGCCACGUACACCAAAACGCUCAAAAUUCGAUGAAGCCAAUCCCAUUAUAUCGGGUGGCUCCCUGAUUUCCGAUUACCCUGAAAAACUCUGUGAAAGUCCUUCGCUGAAGAGGAAAACCGAAAAUUGUCCCAUUGUUUCGGGAGGAUUUACAUCAUUGGAUUUUGAACCCACCCAACCGUUGGGCGACGAUGAUGACGAAGUAAUGGAGGUGGGCUUGAGAAACAAAACGAAAUCAUCACGUAAACCCAUGGCUUCAUGGGUGGUGGAUAUGUCCGAUUGCCAAACAACGACUGGUGGUGGAGAACGACGAAAAAGUACCAGCUCUUCAUCUAGUUUGGAAGCCUCCAAUUCCAAAUUUAGAGAACGUUCCGACUCGACUAGCUCACACAAAAGUGGUUGCGGUUUUUAUGUCUCCCUCGAUGAUAUGGAAAAGAAGCCCAAAGAGAAAAGAUCAACCGCAAUUGAGUCACCCAUGAGCAAGUCAUUCAAUGCCGGAUCGUCAGCACUUUCCUCAACGCGAUUCUUUGUCAAUCUUUCAACAAGUGAAUAUAAACCUCGGGGCAAUGGCAAUGGUGCAGGGACGGCAGAAACCAAACCACAAAAUAAUCUGCUCGAACAACAACAAGCCGACAGUUCUGCCAGCAGCUCACAGAAAAAUAUAUUCAGUAUGUUUAUAGACAUUAGUAAUGGCGAUAAGAAACCGCUGAAACCCUUGCGCAAAGAGCCAUUCAGUCUGGCCCAACGUCUAAGCACAUCGCUAACUACGACAACGGCACAACAAAAGAAAGCGGAUGAAACGGCGACGACAACAACAAUGGCAACAGCUACACUAAAAUCGAUAGCCAGUUCUACAGAGACCCUAAUGUCGAAAUCAAAUCAAAAUAAAAUUUCCAAUGAUGGAGGCAAUGCCAUCGAAGGAGGCGGAGGAGAAACCAAAUCAUUGGAUUAUAAAUGCAACUUUGAGCCACCGAUAACCGUGGCGGCCAUACGCCGACUAUCCAUGCAGCAAAAGGCUCAACAUGAGGCCAAUAAACGGCACUCGUGGGGUAGUAAUGCUGGUGUGACAGGCCCCUCUGGAAUCGACUAUAAACGUUCCAUUAGUCUUACCAACAAUGGAGAGGGUAAAGAUGGCAAUUCUUCCUCUAGCGGCAAGGGUGGCCUAAUGAGCAUCAUCGAUAAAAUUCCGAUUAUAUCGAAAACAUCUUCAUUAUCCAUUGAUAGUUCGAUAUCACCUUAUGAUGACUACACUGGAUCGAAAUCUGAGCUAAGUACCAGUUCAGGUGGAGAACGUGAAGAGGACGCCAGUGGUGGUGAUCAGAAUAUACGCAUUAAGAAACGGCGACGUGAUGUGCAAAUCAAUGAGACAUUUGAUAAAUCCAGUUUGGCCUCCAUUACCGAUGGUAUUCUAUCCAAAGAUCUCUCACCACUCUCGACGACAGAUACAGAUGAUUUAACCUUUCAACAGGAUGAAGAACAAGCUGCCCGUGAAGCAGAAGAAGCAAUGGCCCACUUGCAGCAAAGUAAUACCUCCGCUUUGUCAAUUGGCUCCACAUCAUCCCUAUCCUCUAAUCGUAUUUCCAAUAUAGUUAUGGAAACAAUUGUUGAGGCCAAGGAGACCUCCUCACCCAAAAAAGUGGCACAAAAUAUUGGCUUGGAUUCGCUGCAGGCAACAAUUGAAAAACAAAAAAUGCUCUUGGAAACCGUCAACGAGCAUGCCGAGACCUCUACAGGGGGAGGAACUGGUGGCGGUAGUACAUUUGUUAAACUAUCCGACAUGGACAAGCCAUUGAAUUUGAAUUUAAAAUCCCCGGAGCGCAUGACAUCCAGUGUGGGUGGUGGCACCCACAAUCAUCGGCAAAUAAGUCGUCUACAUCGUGAUGAUAAUCAUCGUGCGGGUAGGCCACAUUCCUGGACCAUGUCACGAUCCACAGGAAAUACCUUUCAAAAUUUCACCAGUUCCGUGGAGAAUCUACGAAGUCUUUCAAGACUUUUCCCCAACUUCUCCAAGGAAAUAUCCAAUUCCCUGCCCAAUGAUAUGAGUUUGGACAACAUGGACUACAUACAAACCGAUUUGAGCAAUGAUUCCAGUUUGGCCUCCAGCAUAAGUCGUUCUGGUAUGGAUGAAUCUUCAAUGUCUUGUCGCCAGCCACGGAGAUUGGGUGAGGAUUUGCUCAAAAUGUUCUUACAAGAAAUUGCCACCGAUAUGAUUGUGGAGGUACAUGGUAGGCGAAUCAAAGCCCACAAGUGUAUCCUGCGUUCACGAUGUCAAUAUUUUGCUGCCAUGUUGGCGGGCAAUCAGUCGACCAGUGUUGUAUCCCUGCAAGGUUAUUCCUAUUCAGCUGUACACUUUGCAUUGUGUCACAUCUAUUCGGGAGCGUCGCAUCCACCCGAUGGUAUAAGUCUUAUGGAAUUGGCAGCCUUGGCAGACCUGUUAGGAUUGGAGGGUCUGAAGGAAGUCACAGCUCAUGCUUUGAAAACAAAUUAUUGUCAUAAUUUCCAUAAACCCUGUUCGGGUUGUAUUGAUGGUAUACUACAGGUUCUGCCGGUUGCCUUAAAUCAUGCUCUCGAUGAUCUCUAUCGUAAAUGUCUGAGGUGGACAUGUCGUCAUUACUUGAAGGUCUGGCCCACUCGGCAAUUUGCCCAAUUACCGUCGGAUAUUUUGGCGCGGUGUCGUCAACAAAUUGUGGCAUAUUUGACCUCUGAAUCAGUUUUGGAUACCGUCUUGGAUUGUGAUAACCUGUUGGACCAAUUGGCAACCUAUCGCUGGGGUGGUGUCUGUGAAAAUUUAGUUCGCAAUAUUCUAGAUGCCGCCUAUGGUUAUAUUGCCGAUCAUUUCGCUAGUUUAAUAGCCAGCGAUUCAUUCCUGUCAUUGGGACACGAUCGCAGUUGCCAUAUACCACGUCUUGAAGGUGUACUAUUGCGUACCGCCUCCAAUUUAACACCCGAUCAAGCUUGUCGUAGUUAUCAGAGGAUAACACGUCUCAAUACUGUGCUACAAGCCAAAGUUAUACAAAUGCCUCCCGGCUUGGGAGAAUUGGCCAAAGAACUACAGGGUCUUCAGGAAGAAGAUCUCGACUGGGAUACGGAAUACAUACGUUUGGUAAGUUCCAUACUAUCCGCCGUGGAACAAUGUCUGAUAAGGCAGUGUUCACGAGCUAUGCGUGUUACCGCUUGGCAACGUAUGGAUUUGGAUUUACGCAAGAAAAUCCAAACAUUGGCACGUCUAACGGAGCCAUUGGAUCUCAAACGUGGUAAACCGGUUUCGAAGGCCUUCUCCUUUGGUGGCAGUACACGAAGUCAAGAUUUGCAACAGGUUAAGGCUGCCAUACAGGCCCAUUCUAAACGGGCCUUGGCCCAGGAUACACAAUUGUACAAGGCGACACAGACAACACACGAUGCUGUGCAAACAACGGAACGGGGUGUUCAAGCGAAUCAUGAUUUGAGAGAGGGAACAAGCCGUGUUUUGAAAUCCAAUUCACGUGCUCAUGUUCCUCAAGCAUUAAAGGGCAUCUCUCAAAGUAGUAUGACCUCCGAACGUAACAGUGUCAACACAGCCUUACAUCAUCGUCGUACCAAAUCUGAGGCACCAACUGCAUCGACGGCAACAACCCUAGCAGCCCAUAAAUCCAAUGAACCAAAGAAAUCGGUAAUGGAAACCAAAGCAAACGAAAGCCAUACAACCAAGACACGUAGCCAAUCUCUGAAAUUAUCAGAUGUUCGGCCACGUUAUUUGGAACCCAAAAAAGUACAUGCCACCACCAGCCAAGCCUUGGGCAAUGGUCCUGUACGUAGUUCCACCAGCUCCAGCAUACCCGGCAAUUUGGCCAAAAAACAAAACUACCAACAUUCAUCCAGCGAAAGUUCACGCCAUUCCAGUCCAGCGGCACGUAAACAUCUCAACGGCAAAGUGAAUGCGGCCAAUAUCAAAUCAAACAACAACAUGUCCUUGGAUAGUUUAACAUCAGCACGGGCGGCAAACAGAGCCGCCGCUGCUGCCAACAAAACUAAUAAGUCUUCCGAUAACGAGCGACUAUCCGAUCUGUGUGUUGACUCCCUGAACGAAAGCAUGAAGAGUUCUGUGAUCACCAAUAAAUCCGCCUCCAGAGAGUCCCUACUUUCGAAUAGACUAGGCAGGCCCACAAAAUUGAAAAGUGAUUCUUGCAAUAGCCAAAAGACCCGGGCAAAUGGCACGGUAAAACCUGUCAGGCCAACCAGCUUGGGACCACGUGCUCCCAAAUAUCUGCAACAGAAAAUCACCUCCACCGGUUCGAGUCCCUCAUCCGUUACCACAACAAAAUCAGCAACCAGCCGUCUUUCCUCAGUCUCAUCGACACAGUCAUCGCGUGAUUUCUACAAACGUUCAAUUUCAGUGCCAGGCCAAAGUGGCGGUGCUGCUGAUAGUACACAAAAUCAUCAGCCUCAAACCAAACACAGCUUCCUCUCAGCCAAAUCACGAGAAAUACUGGCAAGGCGAGCCGAAAAAGAAAAGAACAAACAGCAGCAAGAGGAAUUGCUCAAACAAUCGCAGAAAGAUCAUCGAUUACAAAGCAGCGACUCCAAAGUGGCGAAUAAUAAAAAUAAUCUCUCCGUGGCGGCUGGAGCUCCGGUUAUGCGUUCGGCCUCACAUUCCUCGGUAAUGACAACCCUACGCAACAAUGGCCCUCCAUCAAAUAUACCCACACGAAGACCGAAUUCAUUGCAAUUGAAAAAAUCCCACAAUGCAAAAACAAAUCAAAAUAACAGCAACAAUAAUUUCCGAAAUCACAAAGCCUCAACUGGUAGUGGUGGCGGUGAAAUUUAUCACACAGCCCAGGCGGUAAAACAAAAAAUUGAAUUGCUCAUCAAGACAUCAGCAGCAUCGACGGCAAACAACGAUGAUGACCAUCAGCCAUCGAUUGUGGUCGAAUCUAAAUUGGAACGUUCGAGUACAUUCUGUAAAGACUCAGCAGAUGUGGCCGAUAUAAAUGAAUUGCAAAUUAUCGAAUAA